GUAGGUUAGGUUAGGAGGUUAGGAUACCAAAAUUUCCUAAUUUUUCUGAGCAUGUGUAUUUUUAUUUCUUAAUUGUCGUCUUAUUUAAAACAAUUUAUUUAACGUACUAACAUGUCUUCGUUUAAAAAAUUAAAUACAAAAAUUUAUCAAAAAAGUGGUCCAGAAAUCACACCCGAUUUUAUUUACUGGAAAAAAUUACAACAACCAGUAUUAGUUAAAGAAUUUGGACCUAUAGAAUAUAUAGAUUUUUCUCCUCAAGAACCUCACCAUUUUGCAGUAACAUGUUCUGUGAGAGUACAAGUAUACAAUCCAAUAACAAAAUUAGUAACAAAAAAUCUUUCGAGGUUUAGAGAAAAUGCUUAUGGGGCUAUAUUCAGAAACGAUGGUACACUAAUAUUAGCGGGAGGUGAGGAGAAAAAUGUUAAAUUAUUUGAUGUAUCGACCAAAAGUAUGUUAAGAUUAUUUAAAGGGCAUUCAGCACCAGUGCAUAGAGUGGCUUUUAUCUAUUCUCAUCCCCAUGUGGCAUCUUUCUCUGAUGAUAAGUCUGUUAGAGUUUGGGAUGUACCAACUGAAAACACUCUUCACACAUUUAUAGGACACACUGAUUAUAUCAGAGCUGGAGUAGUAAAUCCGGAUGUCCCAAAUAUAAUUCUCUCAGGAGGUUAUGAUAAUAUUGUUAAAAUGUGGGACACCAGAACUGACAAAGAAGUGAUGACUAUGAAUCAUGGAGGUCCUAUUGAGUCUUUAUUAUUUCUGCCUAAUGGAGGCAUGUUUCUAAGUAGUGGUGGUACCGAUAUAAAAAUUUGGGAUGUACUAGCAGGUGGUAAAUUAAGAGGUGCCUUGGCACAGCAUCACAAAACGAUAACUUGUAUGAAGCUGGCCUCAAAUGGUAAAAGAUUAUUAUCAGGCAGCCUUGACAGGCACGUUAAAAUUUAUGAUAUUAGUAGUUUUAAGGUGGUUCAUACAUUAGACUAUUCUAAUGGAGUUGUAAGUUUAGGAAUAUCACCGGAUGAUGUUACAGUAGCAGCAGGACUUGUUGAUGGUAUAAUAGCAAUACAGAGAAGAAACGAUGAAAUAGAAGGUGAUAAAACUCCUAAAAAAGUGUCUUCAUUUCAAUAUGCUGCAAAUCAAUAUACAUAUGAAGUAGAUGAGGUUGUACCUGAUUUAAGUUAUGAGAAAGAAGCAAAAUAUGAUUAUCACUUAAGAAAAUUUGAAUAUUCCAAGGCUUUAGGUGCUGCCUUACUACCAUACGUAUCUACCAAACAUCCGGAAAGAACAGUAGCAGUUUUAAGAGAAUUGCUGAAAAGAAAAGCCUUCAAUAAAGCUCUUAGUGAUAGAGACCCAAAAGUCAUUAAACAACUAGUUCGGUUUUUUAUCAAACACAUUGCUGAUUUGAGGUUCUCAAAAUUUCUUAUACAAAUAGCAGAUAACUUUUUAGAUAUAAUUUCGGAUAAUAUAGAAAAUCUUCCUACAGACAUUGGUUUGUUGAUGGUUCAACUUUAUCAAGUUUUGAAACAAGAGGAGGAGUUAUCAAGAGAACUUACAUUUGUUGAAGGAAUGUUACAGACAUUAUUAGCAAGUCAAGUUUCUAGUAAUCAUUCAACACGUAGUUACUAUAAAGUAGAUAAAAUAAAUGGGGACUGUAGCAAAUAAAAUUUAUAAAAGAAA